CACUGCUAUGCUGCAACAAACAUCUUCAUCAAGAUCUUUUACGUCCUCAUCGCUUACAUUGGCGAGCCAGCCAGGAGGGACUUCGAAAAAAAGGGGAAACUUUCGCGGGCUUUCUCAAUCUGCACUUUCAAGACGGAAAUCCCCUAAAAUUUCAUCUUGUUCAUCGUCCUUUUCAGACUGCUGGAAUCAGGAGGAUCAGAUGAGAGUCUACAGCUGCCCUCAGUGCAAACAGACCUUCAGUCCAAGACCUGCUUUAGCUACAAACACCAUGCUGACUGAACAGGUGGAGAAACUGAAGGAGACCAAACUUCCUGCUGACUGUUACGCUGGAGCUGGAGAUGUGCAGUGUGACGCCUGUACUGGAAGCAAAUACAAAGCCGUCAAGUCCUGUCUGAUGUGUCAGGAAUCUUACUGUCAAACUCAUUUUGACCAUCAUGAGAAAUUUCAUUCACGUAAGCCACACAAAGUGAUUGAUGCCACUGGACGACUGCAGGAGAUGAUCUGCCAGAAACAUGAGAAAAAUCUGGAAAUGUACUGUAUUACUGACCAGCAAUGCAUUUGUGAGCUGUGUACAAAAUAUGAACAUAAAAACCACAACACUGUAUCAGCUGCAGCACAGAGGACAGAGAAACAGAAGCAGUUGAAGAAAAAGCAGAAGAUGUUCCAGCUGCAAAUCCAACAGGAAGAGAAAGAUCUUCAGCAGCUGAGAGAGGCUGUGGAGUCUCAUAAGCGCUCUGCACAGACAGCAGUGGAGGACAGUGAGAGGAUCUAUACUGAGUUCAACCACUCCAUUGAGAGAAGUUGCUUUGAGCUGUUGCGGCUUCUGAUUCCUGAUAUCAGAGAUCAGGCAAAGGCUGCAGUGAAUCGAGCUGAAGGACGACUGGAGCGACUGGAGCAGGAGAUCAAUGAUCUGAGGAGGAGAGACGCUGAGCUGGAGCAGCUUUUACACACACAGGAUCACAUCCAGUUCCUGCAGCGUUUCCAGUCUCUCUCAGCACCUCCUGAAUCUACAGACGAAAAUGACGAUCCCUUCAGUUCUGUCUUCUCUUUUGGUGACCUGAAAGAAUCUGUCGAUCAGCUGAGAGACAAACUGGAGGAUUUCUGCAAAGAGGAGCUCAAGAAGAUCUCAGACAAAGCCACAUCCACCAGGAUCAGCAACAACCUCCUACAAUAUUCCCAUCAGCUCACUCUGGAUCUGAACACAAUGAAUAAACACCUCCGUCUGUCUGAGAGCAACAGAGUGAUCACUUACACGAGGACAGUCCAGUCGUAUCCUGAUCAUCCAGACAAAUUUGAUGUGUAUUAUCAGGUGUUGUGUAGAGAGAGUGUGUGUGGACGCUGUUACUGGGAGCUGGAGUGGAGUGGAAAUAAUGGUGUGUAUAUAUCAGUGUCAUAUAAGAGCAUCAGCAGGAAGGGACGGGGUAAGGAGUGUUUGUUUGGAAAUAAUGAUCAGUCCUGGAGUUUGAUCUGCACUCCCUCCAGUUACUCAUUUGGACACAAUAACAUACAGACUGCUCUCCCUGUAAAGUCCAUCAGCAGUAGAAUAGGAGUGUUUGUGGAUCACAGUGCAGGAACUCUGUCCUUCUACAGCGUCUCUGACACAAUGAGCCUCAUCCACACAGUCCAGACCAAAUUCACUCAGCCGCUCUAUCCUGGGUUUAGGGUUUCUAGGGGAUCAUCAGUGAAAAUGGUGAUGAAUUAGAAUAGACUGAUGAGAGGUUUUACUCAUAACGCAUUUGAUUGUUAAUCGUGGAAUUCAUCUUUAUUUGUGUGUGUGAGUGUGUUUUCUGCUCACAUGUUCAUGUCAGUGUUCAGUUUUUGGAAGCUUUUUCAUUUUCUUCCUGAAUCUCAAGGACAAAUCUGGCACAUCCUCUAAUAGCACUGAUCUAAAGGUUUCUUUCAGGUUCUUUACAAUGUAAUGUAAAAAAUAUAUAAAAUUUCUAACUUCUGUGUCUAACAAGUUAUUCUAGUAUCCUUGUGUGUGUGCAAACAUUAAAAUUGCACAAGUUGCGUGCAUUGACUAAAUAAAACUGAUAUAAACUGAUAAUAUAAAAAACAGUAAUGAAUGAUUAUUUUUAUCAGUUAGUUUAGUCAUAUUUACAGCAAUAUCAGAUGAUCCUUCACCAGUUACAUCACUUUGCAGUUGCAAGAUUCCUUUUUUAUGACAAAAAAUUGAGCAUUUUUAUGUGAUUAAUCCAUUAAAUUAUUUGUACAAAUUAAUGUUUAGAACAGUUAUUUUAAAUUAUAAAGAGGGGGCAUGUGGUCAAGAAAGAAAUCCCAUCUUGUAUUUCUUAAAUGUCACGUUUUACUCAGAAAGAUG